CAACAAAAUUCUCAGUAGGCGCCCGAAGUCGGGGCAAUAACAAGCGGAUAGCUGAAUUAAACGUGUGCCAGCUAAUUGGUGCCCACUCACACUGCACUCCGGAGGUCUACCCCCGUCAGACCCACCCAUUAUCGACCCCUCGCAAAGCUCAGGGACACCGGCGGCUUUCACUUUUAGACUCGUCGACGAGUUCAUUGGUCAACCUUCGCAAUGGUCGUCGCAGCAUCCACCUGUCGCACUGAGACGGUCUUCGACUACAGCUGGAAGAACGUGGUGGUCGCCUACUGGAACCGCUACCCGAAUCCGUCCAGCGCCCACGUCCUCACCGAGGACACCAUCCAGAGGGAGGUGCGCGAUGGCAAGCUCUUCUCGCGCCGCCUCCUUUCGAAGACCAAUCCGGUGCCCAAGUGGGGAGCACGCUUCUACAACAAUGUGCCGGUCAAGAUUGUUGAGGACUCCGUGCUGGACCCGGUCAAGAAGACCUUCACCACAUUCACCAGGAACCUGGGCAUGACCAAGAUAAUGGCAAUCGAUGAAAUCGUUGUAUACAGCGAGCAGAACGACGGUAGCACACUGGCAGUGCGAAGAGCCUACAUCAGCUCCCAGGUGUUUGGAUUCUCGCGGGCCAUCCGUGCCUUCGGAAUCGAGCGGUUCAAGUCGAAUGGCAACAAGGCUUCCAACGGAUUCAACUACGUCCUGCGGCGCAUGUUUCCGCACAGCCUGGUCGCUGGAGGACACCACCAGCCGGCAGUGACGUCGACCAGCUCAGCCGCGGAACUUCCUGCGGCCACCACCACAGCAGUAGUCGCCUCGCCUGGAAAUCACAACAACACCGGCUCUCUGAAGAGCGCGGCCAAAGUGGGCUACGAGUUCUUCAAGAGCCACGCCUCCAAGAUAGCGCAACUCUUCUCUGUCAAGAACUGAAAGACGGACUAAACUGUGAACUUGUGGAAAAGAUGUUGUAUGUGACCGAAGAAUCUACCCAUUCGGAUCCGGAGUGAAGGAUUUUGCCAGGACGGAAAAGGAAGGAGAGGCGGAGGCGUCGGGUCGGCAGCUGUUUUAAAACAUGUAUUCCAAAGCAAAAACCAACCAUAUACUUUGCUGCAUUUCAUUCCGUGUGUGCGCGAGCCAGCCGGCUGAUCAGAACGGAGGCACUGUUUGCUGAACACAUUUCCUGCACCCUACUACAAAAUUCUAUCAUUUAUAUUUCGUCAUUUGCAUUACAUUAUUGUGUAUUACUCUGUUAGGUCAAAAAGGAAACGAAAAGCCGUGUGUCAAAUUCGGAAUUUCUUUGUAAAUUGUUAUAUAUUUUUUUCAAGAAAAUCGCAAACACUUGUAGUUCAUAAAAUUUUAGCUAUUAAAAUACACUUAGUUUGUUAGAAAA